CAUGGCGGCACACAUAGCCCGACAGACGUAUUUACUUUGUUGUAAAGCAGGAGUAAACGGGAUUCCACUACAUUUAAAAUUAAGGAGUGUUGCAAUAACAGAUGUUAGCAACAGUUGGCCCCUGAGUGUUGGUUACAGGGCGCGAGGGGCGGACACCAUACAGGAAGCCCAGGUGCACAUUCCAGUUGACCGUCUGAGAGUAUCUUACAGCAGAAGCAGUGGUCCUGGUGGUCAGCACGUCAACAAAGCCAGCACAAAAGCAGAGGUCCGAUUCCAUGUGCAAACAGCAGACUGGAUCCCAGAAGACGUUCGACAGAAAAUAUUUGAAAAGAACAAAAACCGCAUCAAUAAGGCCGGAGAGCUGCUGGUCACCUCAGAGCUGAGCAGGAGUCAGCAGAGAAACCUGUCUGAUUGUAUCCAGAAGAUUUCCGCCAUCAUAGCCGAGGCCAGCGAGAAGCCCCAUGAACCGACGGCAGAAGAUGCAGCGCUCAGGGCGGAGAGGUUGGCGAAGAGGAACAAAGAGCGACUCGACCAGAAGAAGAUCCAUUCAGCUAUCAAGAGGAGCAGACGAGUGGAUUUAGACUGACUGUUUCACUUCUACCUCCCAUGAUUGGAUUAUCAAUAAUUGCAUAUCAUUGUAUGUCCAGUGUUUAGUAUUUUGUCAUGAAUUUCCUGACAAAUAACAUAAAGUUUCACGUGUUAUGAGAUUAGUUGAUCCUCUGCAUUGCUCUGCUGCUUGUGCAACCACAAGGUGUCAGUAUUGUACAAGGAAAUUCAUACUCACACUUUCGAACAUUGUUCACGUCAGCAUGUUUAAAAUUUAUGUGGUUUCCAUAAUCAUCUACAAUUCAGGAAUGUUGCCCAAUUAUUAAGUCAUCAAUUAAUUGUUUUAUUUACAUUUUACAAUUAAAUCUUCUAUAAUAGUUGUGAAGCUGACAUUUUACAUGUUAACAGCAGUCCAUCAGUUAUCUAGUGUUCUUGGGUUAAACAAUUAAAGGUUGUAAUUUUAUCAAUGUGGUUGACAUUGAUAAAAUUAAAGUGUGCAGUUUAGACCUGCAUGUGCUCCAUAAGACAUGUAAUGUUACCCAGGCUGGGUUUUUUGAACACCCUGAGACUUGUUGGGAUUGGAUUCUCUCCCUGACGAGGGGGAUGGCGAGCCACCCAUGUUGAGCCCUGGAUCGAAGAGUCCCUUUGUUUCUUCAUCUGCCUGCUCUCAGUAUGGUUGGACUUUGGGGAAGGAUUCCAAUGGACAUUCAAAUGAGACUCUCUUUUUUUUUGGUGGAAAGAUUCGAUUUUAUUUCGGGUGCAACCCAUUUCAGAGACAUUCAAACAUUAAUGCUGGCCACAAUGCAAAAACAUCUGUGUCUGUGUUAACACAGUUGUUUCACUUUAAACUUACAUUUUUGCCUUGGUUAUUCAUUGUGGCGUCCAAUUCAAAUUCAUUACCCCUCUAUACGAGUCUAGGGUAAACUGGGCCAACACGUACUUGCCCCCCUGGUGGGUUACAGCAAGAAAAAGAAACAAACAAUGCCGAAGAAAAUAUGAACUUAAAAGAUAAACAUUUAUUCAAGUGUUGUAGUGGUAGUUGUACGAAUUGUCAGAGUCCAGGGGGACUCAGACUCCUGGUCUGACAGCACUGUUAGUUCACUUGGAGAGAAGUCUGCUGAAGACACACUGAGGGACCUCAUGUCAUAUUUACACUGUCAUUUUUGUCAUGUCAAGUAUUUCCAGGGUC